GAUUUGAAUUGAAUGCACCAUGGAGCGGAAGUUUUUGUUAUUAAAUUAUGGUGAAAGGACAAAAAAAUAUCUGUGACUAAUGAUUUAAAUGUAAAUUUUAUUCAAGAAAAUGUUCAAUCAAAAUUUGGUUUGAAUGAUCAUGAUGUACAUCUCCAAAUUUUAGACAAUGAUGUAGGAGAGAACAUCGACUUGGAUUCAAAUGAAGAUAUAAAUUUAGAAUUAAAUAUAAUCAGAGUAAAAAUAACAAAGGCAUUUGUAAGUGCGGAUUCCCAAGAAAUUCCAAGAACAACAGCUUGUACUCCCUCUACGUUGCCAAUUGUGAAUGAAUCAACAGAAUCUUUCAGUACCUGUACAUCACCAGUACCUACAUGUACAUCUACAUGUAUCAACUUGAGCAGCCCAUCUAGACAAGUACCUACAUCUAGCAACAUAUGCACAAACAGUCCAUCUGGAGUAGAGAUUAUUGGUAGUGAUGUGCCGACCACAAAAAAACAGAUAACACGGAAACAAUGGCCUAGAAUUUACCACUUUCCAUCUGCCAGUGCACCUAGGGCAUUAUAUAUCAAAAUAGAAAGAAAAGAACCUCUUGAAAAAUCAGACAGAAGUCGACUGCUGGAUACAAUUUAUAACAAUGUAACGCAGUUUGAAGGUGGUCUGUAACUACCCCUCAUCAGACAUGUAUGACCAGAUAGUGGACGGGAUUCUUAGGGAAUUUCCCAUGCUUAUGCAAGAAAGUGGAAUACCUCUUCAGUCUGUUAGAGUCUAUUGGAGAGAGAAAUUAAAAUAUAAAUGGCAGAAUGAAAGAAAAUCAAAAGAUAAAAAUCUCCCAGAAGUAAAGGCAAAGAAGAGGAAGGUAACGACCGAGUUGAAAGAUGAUAUUCCAAAAGCCAAGAAAAAUUUGACAUGGGGAAUGUCGAAUUAUUUGCCGAUGAGGCCAGAUUCGGAAGAUUUGGAAUCCAUAAAAUUGCACAAAACUUGGCUAAAGCAGGAGUACAGAAAAGUUGACCAAGAUUUUAGACUGGUUGACUUGAAAAUGGGCCUGACAUUUCCUGACAGAAGAAAAGAUAUAGUUCAAGAUGGAAAUAGUUUAUCAGAAAUUAUUAAAGAAUAUCCAUUUUUACAAGACAGAAGACAGUUACUUCAAGAAUUUGCCAGACUAGGACCUAAUACAGAAAAAAAAGAAUUGGAAGACCUCUUUUUUGAUGGUUUGGAUUCGUACAGAGAAGUCAUAGUGAAGUUAUCCAAAGGGAAGAAGCUGCAUAAAUUUGAAAAAGAAAUUUAUGAUUUAAUAGCUGUACAAAGAUCUGAUGACCAGAGAAAAUACACAAGUCAGUGCGCAGCCAUCUUAGGAAUUGCAUUGCUUUUGAAGGAGAAGUUCAAUCAGGUGCUGUACUUCAGUGAUUCCGAAGAAACAGAAGAACCAUUUCUUCUGAUAAUCAAAGACAGAAUUUUAAGUAUGGGGAAUGACCUAUUUGAACUGAAGGUAGAUGGGGAUGUGAUAUUCAGAUGUGACACUUUUCUUGAAUUAAUUACUGGAUUGAUAGCUUCAAUUUAUUGUUUCAAUUUAGUCUAUCCAAAACCUAUUGAAAAAUCAUUGUUGUUUAUACAAAAUUGUAUCAUGAGUUUAAAUGAUGGUGGGAAGGUUGAUAAGAAGAUUUUAUCAGUAAUAACAGAAUUAAACAGAGAGAAAACUAAAACAUUAAAUUAGUAUUUGAAUUUUAUGAGAUACUGUAAAGCUGUCUGAAUCAAAGGAUCAUCUGUUGUCUACCUCAUUUUUCUGAUGUAAUAUCACAAAAGUCACACUUGCA